AUGGGUUUUUGGGAUACUAUCACGGACCUCGCUGAGGCCGCCAUGCCGUGGUCCACCGUCGAGGCCGAGGCUCCUGCCGCCGAGGAGAAGGAGGAGGAAACCCCCGCUGAGGAGGAGUCCAAGGAGGAGGCCGAGGAAGAGGAGGACGAGGAAGAGGAAGAGGAGGAGGAGGAGGAGGAGGAGGAGACGGUUGACCCCAAGGAGCAGCUCGAGAAAGAGUGCGAGGAGUCCAAGGCCUGCGCAUCGGUCAAGCACCACUACGACGAGUGCGUCGAGCGUGUCACCGCGGCCGCCGAUAGCGAGGAAGGCGCCAAGGAGGACUGCGUCGAGGAGUUCUUCCACCUCGCCCACUGCGCCACUCAGUGCGCUGCUCCCAAGCUCUGGGCCAAGCUCAAGUAA